UGUCUAUCCAUGGCGCCCGUGUGCGAUUACUCGGUUUUUUAUUUUAUUUUAUUUUAUUUAUUUAUUUAAAUUUUUGCUCAGUUUGAUCAGGGGACCCUUCGUUUGUUGAAGAGUUUCAAGAACGGACAAUGUUAUCAUGUCGACGUUGAUGAUGCCGUUAGUUUCAAAACACCAGAUGAUUAGUGACAUCGUGUCAUGGGAGGAAGGGGGAGCGUUUCGAAACGUGCUCAUGGCUCAUCUGAGGAGAGAAACCAAGACGCGCUCACGAUGGAGUAGAGUCGGUUAUGCUUGGGCAAAGUUGGGGAGGAAGGAUGGCACGGGCGGGCGGUUGGCAAUAAGAUCCAAGACCUGUCGUCGCGUGCCAACAUUUUAAACUAUACCAGGUUAAGGCUUCAGGGUGGGUGUUUGACAUUCAUAGGGCAUUUAUUCUCGAACUUGUUCUCCAUAUGUAAAGUUGACUGACGAACAGUUUGGCUGAGUUGAAUCAUAUCAUUCAUGCAUGUAUGUCCGGUUAUUUGUACAAACCAUAUAUAAGGAAAAGCAAAGGGGAUAUGUAAGAAAAUGGUCAAAAGAAGGGAAACCCGAAAAUUGCCUCCUCCACCUAUGAAUCGAACCCUCGGUCAUGUGUUAUCAUCCAUGUUCCCUUCCUCAGCUCAAAAUCUCCCCACCACCACUAGCCGACCCUUUAGGUACAAUAGGAAUCAAUGAUGGCCAAGCCAAUGAUUUCCGCCGCAAGUUUCUGCAGCUUCUUGUAAUAGUUCUUCUUCUUCCGGCUUCCCUUUCCGCGGCUAAGCAGUAGCUUCGCAGCGUUCUUGUAACCACCAACCUCGUCAAUGGUCUCCUUGAGCUUCUUUAGUUUCCUCAACUUGCCCAGCUUAGCUAUGACGGCGUAGUUCUCAACGAUAAAGUAGGCAAUAGCACCAGCGCACUUGGUGACACUCCAUACAUCACCCCACCAACGGGCGGUAAUCGCUUUCGAGUGGCCCUUAUGUUUCUUCAACCACUUCUCCGUCGCAUCGGAGCCCUGUUCAAGCACAUUAUCCGGGAUUUCGCUCAUGAGCCUGAAUGCCUCUUCGAGUUCUUGGGGGCUUAGUUGCUUGAGGUCAUACUCGUCAACGUCGCCAUCGUCGUCGAUGUCAAAAUCGUACUUGGAGUCUCUGCCGGGCUCCGGUUCGGGAUCACGCUUGACAACGUUCUUGGUUGAGCCGAGAUUGUUGCCAUUGAAUUCGGGGAAGGUACCGAUUGUGGCAGCGUUUACACCUGAGAACAGAUGAAUCACCGUGAGGAGGAGGUAGGGGAUGAGGUGAGGCAGCAUUUUCGGCUGAGUAGGCUUUUGUGCCUUUAAUGCAAUUUAGGAGUGGAAGUACUGUGUAUGUGGUACAAGGUAGGAGAUCAGAAAGGUGUUUGCCUCUUGAAGCGGGAAGGGCGAUCGCUUCUUGAUCAGCUAGGUGACUUGUCUUCUAGCUGCUGCUUCUGAUGAAAAGAUAGAGCUUUCGAGGGUGAAAGAAGCAUCCUUAUAUAGCUUUUCUCGCGAUAUUGGAGCAGAGAGUGUAGUUCUCUUCGCACCUUCUUCCCGUCCCCCGAAUUGUGAUAUCCAAAGCAGAUACGAGACUCUGCCUCAAACUAAUCCCAACUCCAAUUCCAUCUCAUGAAGCUAUUCGUGACGACAUAUAGAGGUAUCGUAUUGACCCCAUUUCUUUGCAAGGUGGACCAAUCUCCACUAAAGAAGUAGAAAUGAAAUCUCCACAACAUUCAAGAAAAAACAAAAAACAAAAAGGAAAAAAGAAAAACAAAAAUGAGAGACAUUACUCUUGGACGCCGAGAACUUGAACGGGGCUAUACUUCCAAGAUGCUCCCAUUGUUCGAUGUUCUUGAAGCAGGAAAGCUGCACCUGGCGAUGAUCGCUCUCGAUCGGGGCUCGUAUCUUGCUCAAAGAAGUAACGAUUAUCUUAAGGACAGCACCAAAAGGGGGGAUGGCCAAGGUUUUAUACGAUGGCCAGUCUUCGCGAUCGCCAAGUUCCUGCCGCUUUCGGAACAACUGAGCUUGACAAAGAAGAUGCCCGCGCGCGCAUCUUCCUAUUAA